AUGAAAUUUGUCAAUUUUGCAUUAUUCAUAUCUGCAAUAGCUACCAUUCUCAUAUCUACCGUUUCAUGCGCAUUCGAUGUAAAUUCCAAAAAAAAUGUUGUUGCAUAUUGGGGUCAAAGUGCAGUUUACUAUGAAAAUGGUGAAGCUCAAUCUUCUUUAAGUUCAUAUUGUUCUUCUGGAAAUGUUGACAUUAUUGUGAUGUCGUUUGUUAUUGAAUUUUUUCCAACUACCAUUAAUCUGGGGAACUACUGUGAUAGCACCACAUGUACAAAUGUCGCAAGCGAUAUUAAAUCCUGUCAAGACCAAGGCGUAAAAGUUAUGUUGUCUCUCGGAGGUGCUUCUGGUUCUUAUGGGUUCAGUUCGGAUUCCGAAGCCGAAGAAUAUGCCACCACUUUAUGGAAUUUAUUUGGUGCAGGGACAAGCGCUUCUAACCUCGAACGUCCAUUUAGUGACGCAGUUGUUGAUGGUUUUGAUCUAGAUAUUGAAAAUAAUAACUACGUUGGUUAUACCGCUUUUGUUGAUAAAUUGAGGGAUUAUUUUGCCACUGAUUCUUCGAAAGAUUAUUAUAUUUCUGCCGCACCACAAUGCCCAUUUCCUGAUUACAAUGUUGGUCCUGCUCUAGCAAAUUCCUUAAUUGACUUUGCUUUUAUUCAAUUUUAUAAUAAUGCUGGUUGUAAUGCUGACGGUUCCGAUUUCAAUUUUGCUACUUGGUCAAGCAAGGUGGAGAGUGGAGUCAUUAAAAAUCCGGACAUUAAAUUAUUUGUUGGCUUACCGGGUGCUAGUACUAGUGCUAGUACGGGUUAUAUUUCUGACUAUACCACUUUGCAGAGCAUCGUUAAUGAGGCUGCUGCCUAUGCGGAAUUUGGUGGUAUUUCCCUGUGGGAUGUUUCUUCUGCUACUGCUAAUACAAAUGUUGAUGGUCAAAAUUACAUUUUAGAUGUUAAGCAAGCACUGGCUGAUGCCGUAGUAGCCUCUUCUUCUAUUGCUGCUUCGAGUUCUUUAUCUAGUUCUAUUACUCCAUCCAGUUCUGUUCCUCCAUCAAGCUCUGUUGCACCAUCAAGUGCUACUGUUCUAUCUAGCUCCGUUGUUUUAUCGAGCUCUGUUCCCUUAACUUCUGCUAUUCCAUCAAGUUCUACUGUUCCAUCUAGCUCUGUUGUUCUAUAUAGCUCUGUUGUUCUAUAUAGCUCUGUUCCAUCUAGUUCUGCUAUUCCAUCUAGUUCUGCUAUUCCAUCUAGUUCUGCUAUUCCAUCUAGCUCUGCUAUUCCAUCUAGCUCUGUUCUAUCUAGCUCCGUUGUUUUAUCAAGCUCUGUUCCACUAAGUUCAGCUAUUCCAUCAAGUUCCGUUCUUCCAUCAAGUUCUAUUGUUCCAUCUAGCUCUGUCCCACUAAGUUCUGCUAUUCCAUCUGGUUCUGGUAUUCCAUCAAGUUCCGUUCUUCCAUCAAGUUCUAUUGUUCCAUCCAGUUCUGUUCCUCCAUCAAGCUCUAUUAUACCAUCAAGCUCUGUUGUUUUAUCUAGCUCUGUUGCUCCAUUAAGUGCUACUGUUCUAUCUAGCUCCGUUGUUUUAUCGAGCUCUGUUCCCUUAACUUCUGCUAUUCCAUCAAGUUCUAUUGUUCCAUCUAGCUCUGUUCCACUAAGUUCAGCUAUUCCAUCAAGUUCCGUUCUUCCAUCAAGUUCUAUUGUUCCAUCUAGCUCUGUUCCAUCAAGUUCUAUUGUUCCAUCUAGCUCUGUUCUAUCUAGCUCCGUUGUUUUAUCGAGCUCUGUUCCACUAACUUCUGCUAUUCCAUCAAGUUCCGUUCUUCCAUCAAGUUCUAUUGUUCCAUCUAGCUCUGUCCCACUAAGUUCUGCUAUUCCAUCUGGUUCUGGUAUUCCAUCUAGUUCCGUUCUUUCAUCUAGCUCUGUUCCACUAAGUUCAGCUAUUCCAUCAAGUUUCGUUCCCCCAUCCAGUUCUGAUCUAUCCAGUUUUGUUCCUCUAUCAAGCUCUAUUAUAUUAUCAAACUCUGUUGUUUUAUCUAGCUCUGUUGCUCCAUCAAGUGCUACUGUUCCAUCAAGUUCUACUGUUGUAUCUAGCUCUGUUCCAUUAACUUCUGCUAUUCCAUCUAGCUCUACUGUUGCAUCUAACUCUGUUCCACUAAGUUCUGGUAUUCCAUCUAGUUCUGGUAUUCCAUCUAGCUCUGUUCCAUCUAGUUUUGCUAUUCCAUCAAGUUCUAUUGUUCCAUCCAGUUCUGUUUCUCCAUCAAGCUCUGUUGUUUUAUCUAGCUCUGUUGCUCCAUCAAGUGCUACUGUUCUAUCUAGCUCCGUUGUUUUAUCGAGCUCGGUUCCCUUAACUCCUGCUAUUCCAUCAAGUUCUCCUGUUCUAUCAAGUGCUUCUAUCACAUUCGGCCCUUCUAUCCCAUCUAGCUCCGUUGUUCUAUCUAAUUCUAUCCCAUCCAGUUCUAUUCCGUUAAAUUCAGUGACUGAGUCUAAUUUAGCCAUGUCAUCUAGUUUUGCUGUCUAUUCUAAAUCCGUAAUUGUAUCUUUUAGUACAAUUACUAGAUAUAGCACAAGUGCCACCCCAUCCAAUUCUGUAGCCGAUCUCAGCCUAAACAAUAUUGAAUAUAGUGAUGUAGUUUCAUCUAGUUCCUCAGCUUUAUCUAACUAUCAUACAUCAAAUUUGGAGGUUUCUUGUAGUUCAACAAUUGUUUUAGUGCCCACUACUAGUUUAACUACUUAUACUAGUUUAGUGCUCCCCACUACAUCGUCAGGCGUUUCAAGUAGUAUUUCCCUUGAUGAUUAUUUUGCAGUUUCUUCUAAUUCUUUAAGUGGAAUUAUUUCUUCGGCUACAUCACAGUUUUCUAUUUCCUCUUUUCAAAUUGCUAUCCCAAAUAGUAAAUCGAGUUUUUAUUCUGUUACGGCUCUAACUCCUGUCACUACUAGAAAAACUGCGGUUCUAACUCCUACGGUAUCCCUGAUUACCGAUUUAGACAGAGAAACUCAAGAAUUUGCUCCAACUAUUACCACUACUUAUCCAAAAAACGAGUUUGUUACUGAAUCAUCCUCAGAUAUUUUGUUUUCUACUGCUGCCACCAUUUCGGAAUCAUCAUAUGUGUUAGCUACUUCCUUCACUUCUUGUGUUUCGUCUGAUUUUUCCACUAGUGUAACAAGGGAUGAGUUUGACUCUUUUACUAAUUCUUUGAAGGUAACAUCUAGUGUUGAAAACAGCAUUGGAAGUUUUUCAACUUUAGCUGCCUCUAACGAAGCUGAAAAUAUGGAAACAUUAGUCACUAUCGUUGCUACUGCGACAGCUUUUACCACUAUAGUUACUCCAAGUGUCACAACUGAAAAUGUUACUGUUUGUAAGAAUAAUUAUUGUAGUGAGUAUUUAGUAACUUUUACUUCUACCGAGAGCAAAGUUUUGUACAGUACGGAAGCUGUGAUUGGUUACAAAACGAUCAUCACCUCCAGUGCAAAUGCCGUUCAAACCCCACAAUUGCAGAGUAGUGUUAGUUAUUCCAAUUCAACAUUAUUAACUACAGUACUUACCUCUAUUUCUCAGCAAACACCGAUAAUACAAGCUCAAAAUAGUAACUCUACUGAGCCCGUUUCUACAGGAAACUAUAUUUCAUCUACACCAACACCAUCUGUUGACGUACAAAGUAUCAAUGGUUCUAUUUCGAUUAUCAAUAAUGUAAAAACCACUUCUAUUUUUACUAUAAUACUCUCUAUUAUUACUGUUAUAUUAAUCUAG